AUGAAUCAGAGCAGCAACGAAAGAAAGAGAAGUCUGGCCACGUGUGAAGAUGAGAAUGGCGUUGAUAUAUCCCUGGCCGGUGCAGCGGCAAACGUGGCAUCGGCCAGCAUCGCGUCGACCAGCGUAGCCUCACCCAGCGUCGCUGCCGCUAACAUCGCUUCCGCUAACAUCGCUGCGGCUAACGUCGCUGCGGCCAACGUGGCAAUGGCUAGCGUUGCUGCCACCCCGCCCAUGAUGACAAUGCACACCCCGUACUUCUACCCCGGGGCGAUUAUCCCGCCGUUCCCCUUUACAACACCCAUGUAUCCGCAGCCCAUGAGCUACACCCCCAUGAUGCCGUAUUGCGAUUACGGCUACGGGAACAGGCGGUUCGUGAAGAAGAAGAAAAAUUACCAUCAUUAUUCGCGCCAGGAGAACAGUGGCAUGUCCAUCCUGAAGGAGGCGCUCGUGGACCCCUGGGCCCAGCAGUACGCCAAGUACCCCAACAUCAUUUUUGAUUGA